CGCCCAUGACAGCAGCUGUUUACACUUUGAACGUUAACCAACAUUAAGCCGGCUGCUUGUUUAUCAGCUGUCCAUUGGUUUUGUAACUGCUCCACAGAAUAAUCAAAAGUAUACAUUAAAGUUCUCAAAUACAUCCGAAAAUGAUGCGCUACGAGGGAAACGAGCGGCUGGCCGAUGAGACAGCGUGCGCGGGCGUGCGUGCGGAUCUGAAGAUGUGCCUCCUAGAGAGCGAUUGCUGCAAAAUGGGCAAGACGCCGCGCCAGUGCCUCCAGGACAACAACGUUCCAUCCGAAUGCCAGGUGCUCCGCAACACCUUCUAUGAGUGCAAGCGCUCCCUGUUGGACAACCGACAGCGCUUUCGAGGUCGCAAAGGCUACUGAGGUUUAAACUUAAAUUAUAUUAUUAAGCGCUUAAAAUACAAAAAAUUACACACAUGA